AUGCAUACGUUUAUUGCGCAAUUUUUGACAAUUAAUGCACACAUCACAUCGGUGCUUUGUGUGGUACCCAAUCUGCUAGUGGUGUUCCUGAUUUUGACCACACAGCUCUCGGAGAUUCACGAGUAUCGAUUGAUCAUGGCCAUUGAAUCGAUUCUGGAGCUGAUCACGUGCUUGACCCUGUCGCUGCUUGAUCUGGGUUUCUAUGAAGACGGUGAUGUGAUAUACUUCGUGCAAAAGGGUAUUUUGGCGUCGAGCGGUCAAUUUUUAGCACUCUACGGCUGGGUGUUCGUGAUAUUUCUGUUCAGUUGUAAGAUGUUUCUGGUCUUGCUGGUGUUCAUCUUUCGAUAUGCGUUCAUAUGCGAUAAGCACUAUCUGAAGAGUCUAUUCACGUGUCGUGGAGCGUGUGUGGUGGCCGUAUUUGUCACAGUUGUCAGUGCCACGAUUGGUAUCACUAGCGGGUGUACGUUGCGCAUUGAAGACCAGGAGCGUUUCGACUUCAUUUUCAUGCGAAACGACACGUUGACAUUCUUCUUUAAGAAGGGUUAUACCAUCGCAGGAACGUUGUGUGCCACAACUGCGGGCGCGAUAUUCAUUCUCACCUAUACGGUGGUGUUUUGGACAUCGGCACGGAUCAUACGAAAGACGAAAGCCAGUGGGGCGCUCCUCCCGCAAAUAUUCAUAAUAAUGCCGAUACUGUUCCUUUUCGGCGUUAUGCUCACGCCAGUGCACAUCGGCAUCUAUGCGAGUGUUGUACCGAUCCUGUUCAAUUGGGAGCCGUGUGCCUAUCCCUUUAUCGCCCUCUACUUCGUUCAGCCCUUCCGUAAACGACUCUCCUCCAUAUUCAGCCCGAACACCUUCAGAUCUGCCAUUCUGCGAUGCUGCUGCAGCCCACAACAAAGCAGCACCACAACAUAA